AUGGCUUUCAACUUUAACCCUCCCGCUUCAUCUGGGGGAGGAAGCGGGCAAUCAUUGUUCGGCACAGCAAAUAAACCUGCCAGUGGUGGUGGAAUCUUUGCCAGCGGCACCUCAGGCACCAAUACAACGGGCUUCAAUUUUGGUGGACAGCAACCUUCAUCUGGCACCGCUGCCCCAAGUCUGUUUGGAGCUGCUGGAUCAACAGACAACAAGCCCGCAGCAUCUGGUCUCUUUGGUGCAGGUGCUGGAAGUGCGCCGUCAUCUGGAGGUCUCUUCGGUGCCAAAAAGCCUGAAGAGACACAAGGUGGUGACAGUGCAAAGCCUACCUUUUCGUUCAGCACCCCAGACAAGACUUCCACACCCUCGACAAGCGCGCCUUCAUUGUUUGGGUCGACAACGCCUGCGACCGGCGGCACAAACACUACUUUCAGUUUUGGCAAUCCUUCAACGACUCCUGCUGGACCCCCUCCUUCUGGCUCAACAUUUGGAGCAAGCACUGGCGGUGUCGGUCUUUUCGGAGCGAAACCCGCUGAUGGCGCAGCCAAAACACCAUUCAGUUUCACAAAACCCGACGCUCCUGCCAGCGCUCCAUCAGCUCCAGCGCCAGAGUCAGCAGCACCAUCAGGCGGUUUAUUUGGGUCCAAGCCGGCCACUGGUGGCUUCAGUUUUGGUGCUCCAAAGCCAGCAGAAACAACUCCAUCUUCUACACCCGCCUCGGCCACCACCUCUGAUGCGCCGAAGCCGGCGUUCUCUUUCGGACCCUCAGCAACAGCAUCAACGGUCCAGCCACCUGCGACUUCGCAGCCUCCUGCCCCGGGGACUACACCCUCAUUGUUCGGUGCAGCCCCUGCGAAAGAUAGCAGCACAAACCUAUUCUCGAAGCCAGCAAUCCCAGCAGCGGCAACCGAUGCAGCGCCUGCGACUAAGCCAGCAUUCUCUUUCGGUCCAUCUUCAACACAAGCUUCUUCUGCACCGGCACAAACGACCUCUGCUGCCACAUCCAAGCCGCUGUUUGGUGGUCUCAACCUCGGCGGAGGUAAUUCUACACCCGCUGCGACGACUGGUGCUGCAACUACGACUAGCGCUACGGCAACAUCUGCAUCGGCUGCAAAAGGGUUUUCAUUUGGACCUGCCACAACCGCAGCUACGUCUCAACCUACAACGACAGCAGCUCCCGCUGCCUCCUCUUUCUCUUUUGGCCCAGCUAGCACUACCUCUGCUGCUCAGCCCGCCGCCACUGGCACAGCGCAAGCGUCCGGACAGAGCACUAUUGGAGCUCAGACAUCCACCACAGGCCCCCUCCCUCCAGCUCAAUCUCGACUACGAAAUAAAACAAUGGAUGAAGUUUUGACACGGUGGGCGACUGACAUGUCUCGGUAUUCCAAAGAGUUCAGGGAUCAGGCCGAGACUAUUGCUCGCUGGGAUCAGAUCAUUGUGGAUAACUCUUCUAAGAUUGACAAGCUCUAUGUCCGGACGCGAACAUGCGAGAGACAGACUAUGAGCGUCGACAUGCAACUUGCAGCCGUUGAGAAUCAACAGAGCGAGCUCGAGAGCUGGCUGACCAAAUACGAAACUGACAUCGAUGAGAUGCUUGCCAAAGAUAGUGCAACUCCGACCGAACUAGGAGGGCCAGAUCAGGAAAGAGAGCGGACAUACAAGCUGGCCGAAAAGCUUGGAGAGAAACUGGAUGAAAUGGAACGCGACUUGGGCAGUAUGAUCGAAGAGGUCAAUGCUGCGAAUGCAAGCCUGAGUAAGAAUGGCAAGGCAGACGAGCCCAUCACCCAGAUUGUCAAAAUCCUCAACUCGCAUCUCAUGCAACUGCAGACUAUUGACCAGGGAACGACUGCUCUGCAGCAAAAGGUGGCGGCAGCACAGAAGUCGGCCAGUAACCUUGGAUACCUGAACGGAUCUAUGAGUCAAGGUAGCGGCACGGCUGUCCAAGACUUUUAUCGCAGCUACAUGGGCAGAAGGUAG